UGUUCCGUCCCCCGUCAAGAAACGCUGUCGUCUCCGAAGGUAGGUUUUUUAAACCUAAAUCUGAACCAUGGUCGUGCUCCUGCUUCUGUCCUCAUUUUCAGAUCCAAGGAAGUGAAAAUGAACUCCAAUCGCCUCAAUGUCGGUGGUGACCCCCUCCACACCAAUGGCCAUGCCGGGAAACAUAUCAGCCAAUCGUCUACAAUUGAGAAUUCAACAAAUAUUCACUGGCACAGCUGUCCCGUCAAGAAAGAUGAUAGACAGAAGUUACUAGAUCAAAAAGGAUGCGUGAUAUGGAUCACUGGUCUAAGUGGCUCCGGGAAAAGCACUGUGGCUUGCGCUUUGAGUCGAAUCUUGCAUCAGAGGGGAAAAUUGACUUAUGUUCUUGAUGGGGACAAUGUUAGGCAUGGCUUGAAUAAAAACCUUGGAUUUAAAGCCGAAGACCGAGCCGAGAAUAUAAGGAGAGUUGGCGAGGUAGCAAAACUAUUUGCAGAUGCUGGAGUUAUUUGCCUUGCAAGCUUGAUAUCUCCCUAUAGAAGAGAUCGGGAUGCCUGCCGUGCACUGUUGCCAAAAGGAGAUUUUAUUGAGGUUUUCAUGGAUGUACCGCUUCAUAUUUGUGAAGCAAGAGAUCCCAAGGGCCUUUAUAAGCUUGCAAGGGCUGGACAGAUCAAAGGCUUUACAGGGAUUGAUGAUCCGUAUGAGGCACCGAUUAAUUCUGAGAUAGUGCUAAAACAUGGAGAACCACGUGCUUCCCCCACUGAGAUGGCAGAAAAAGUGGCUGUUUACUUGGAGGACAAAGGGUACCUUCGGGCGUAAGAUGGUGGUGCUCUUAUCCCUGGCCAGCAAAAUUUUGACUGUACUUUGCUUAACUACCAGUUUCUGCCGCAUUGAUGAAUGAUCAAUUAAUUAAUGCUACAUUUUGCUCCUUGCCUCCUCCCUCUCUUGAGCUUUCCCUUUUAUUUUUUAUUUUUUGGUAAUUAGAGUUUUCGCUUUUAGUCUUCAUUGUAAAUGAUAUUAUGAAAUUUGAUACGGAUAUAUUCUUUUUCACUGGCGCAGC